AUGGCUGCACCCCGUGCCUUGCUGCCACAGCUGGGGCUGUUCCUGUGCUUGGCUCUGUGCUUUUCUCCUGCCUUUUCUGCGAGUUACCAGAACCCCUGCAUGGCCUUGGAUACAGUCCUCACCUCUGACAACUUGGGAAUCAGCACUAAGGCUGGGGGCUCUGGCGGGAACAGAACUUACACGGUGUUCGUUCCUGUGAACAGUUCCGUCAGUGCCGUGAUUCUGAAAGCAGUGAACCAGAACAACAACACAGUGGGAUCCUGGACUGGACCAGUUCAGGAAUGCAAUGACACCAGUGUCCUCUAUCUCAUGACAUCCUCAAACAACUCCAACUUCCAGGCAACGUGGAUAGCUCCUGAUUCUGAGGAUGUGACUAAAAUCAACCUGCAAGUCUCCAUCGUCACCGCCAAUCGCACAGCUAUGAUGUCAUCUGUGAGACUGGAACAGAUGACAACACCUGCACCCUUGACCCCCACCCCUGAGACUUCUGGGACCAGCCGGACCACAACCAUGACCACAGGCAAGAGCCAGACCACAACCAUGACCACAGCCAAGAGCCAGACCACAACCAUGACUACAGGCAAGAGCCAGACCACAACCAUGACUACAGGCAAGAGCCAGACCACAACCAUGACUACAGGCAAGAGCCAGACCACAACCAUGACCACAGCCAAGAGCCAGACCACAACCAUGACCACAGGCAAGAGCCAGACCACAACCAUGACCACAGCCAAGAGCCAGACCACAACCAUGACCACAGGCAAGAGCCAGACCACAACCAUGACCACAGCCAAGACCACAGCCAGAAGCCCGGCCGUCAACGCCCUCGGCAGCCCCCUCGCAGUCUCCCUCCAUAUCCUGCUUGUUUUUGUCAUCAGCAGACUCCUCUUCUAGAGGAGACGGAGGAAGCCAAUCUUUGACCUACAGAACGUCCUCCCAAAGCUAACUCCAGGCCAGUGCUUAGCCGUGUGAAUGAAGAUUUUUAUGUCCUCAGCAUGCAACUCCACCACCUCGGACCACAGACAUGUGACACAAACUAGUGUGUUUGAGCGACACAGAGUUUGCCGGGAUCUUUCAGGGCACAAAUUCUGCUUUUUGUAAAUACUUAGGCCAGUCUAGUUGUGACCCGGAGUUCUGACUCUCAGUUCUACAUGCUGACAGCCAAUCUGGACUUCUGUUUAUUGCCAAAGGAUUCCCAUGAGCCUCCUGGGCUGGGGGGUGGGAGGGGGAUCCUUCUUUACUUUCAAGAUGAUUUUAGAUUUCUGGCCAAAUCUACUCAGGUUACAAAGAACUUCUGUGACUUACAUGACUGAAGGGAAAAAAGAGAAAUGAGUGACAGUCUCGUGGCUCCUAGCAGAUCCCCAUUGUGCCCAGACCAGCAGGUUUUGAAGAGCAGAAGUAUAUGAAAACUAUGU